AUGGGUAUCACCGACUUCUUCACCGACGUCUGGGAGACCUUCUCCCACCCCUCGGCCGACGCCGAACACCCCGUCCAGGGUGGCACCAGCACCAAAUCGCCCGCUUCCGGCACCGACGAGGAGAGCGGCGAGGAGGCCGAGGCCAACAAGCAGGACGCAAAGUCGGGCGGCUCGGAAGAGCAGGGACACAAGCCUUCCGAGGAGCCUGAAGAGGACGAGGAUGAGGAGGAAGAGGAGGAGCCAGACCCAAAGGACAAGCUCGAGAAGGAAUGCGCCGAAUCCAAGGAAUGCCACGGUCCUAAGCACCACUACGAUGAGUGCGCCCAACGAGUAACAGGCCAGAUUGAGGAAAAGGGCAAGGCCGACGAGGACUGCGUCGAAGAAUUUUUCCACUUGGCUCACUGCGCAACCCAAUGCGCCGCCCCCAAGCUCUUCGCUCAGCUCAAGUAAACCGAUCUACCCCACAAUAUCCACUUUCCCAUACUAGCGUAUAGAUAGUGCAUCAGGGUCAGCCAUUCGGAUUGCGUGCAAAUGAUCAAGACAUUAUGGAUGACUGUAAAUACCAUAGUCAUGUUUAGAAAUAUCACUGUACUUCUAUCUCUCCCUCUGAAUCAAGCUCUACACCCAAUUGCAACCAGAAAAGAAAGAUUGGUUCUACCGAUUGAUUUAGGAAUUUCACAACAAAUUUACAGUGUUGAAAUCUACGG